AUGGAGGAGGGGGAGAGGGGAAAGCUCUCCCAGACGCGCAUCUUCCAGGGAUACGGAAGCACGUCUCACGGCCCCCUCCCUCCUUGGCCCGACGUGGUACCUUCCCCUCCUCCAUCGUCCGCUCUCUUCUGGCAGGACCUUGGCCUGGAAGGGACCUUUUUGAGCGAAGUUCUCUACAAGAAUGCAGCCUUCCUCAACUUGGUGGACCCGAUUUCCCACGAUCUGCUCAUGAGCCUCGCGAGGGACCUGCAGUGCCCUAAAAAGGAAUACGAUCCCUGGAAGUCUUCGGAUCGGGUCUGCCGGCAGUUGAUCUACCACUUGACUCCUCACGCCAAAGGGCACCGACACGGACUGUCCCGCCGGAAGUCCCAGGGAAGCCUGAAGAACAACUUGCAGAAGAAGCUGACCCAUGACACGGUCGACCUUUCGGGGAUCCCGCUCUCCGUGCGGGACGUCCACCGCCUGGCCUACUACCUGCAGAGCAACGGCGACCACCUGACCACGGUGGACCUGAGCUUCGCCGAGCUGACGGACGAGACGCUGCGCCUCCUGCUGCCUUUCCUGGGCUCGCUGCCCGACCUCACCCACCUCUCCCUCAACGGGAACCGCCUGACCCGCGCCACCGUGAAGGAGCUCACCGACGCCAUGAAGGACCUGAGCAAGUUCCCCUCCCUGGCCUGGAUCGACCUGGGCAACAACGUGGACAUCUCCUCCAUGCCCCAGCCGCUGCUGGUCGGCCUGCGGAAGCGCCUCAGCCAGCAGACCACCCUGCCCACCAUCUACGAGGCCCUGGACUGCGAUGCGGAGCUCUCGAGCAGCGGGACGGAGAGCAGCCAGCGGGAGGAGGAGGAGGAAGAAGAGCUGCUGCUGCUGCCGCAAGGGGCAGGGGCUGAUCGGGGGGCCCGAGACAGCUCCGGCGCCUCCUCCCAGCGGUCCUGCGACACGUGACGGGAGCCUGGCAGAGGCUGCCGCAGACGCCCAAGGCAGAACCCACUCCAGGCCACCGCCUUCCUUGGGGCCCUCCUGGGCCCUGGCCAGCUCUCCCCGUCCUGUGCCACCUAUCUCUAGCGAAAGGCCACUGCUGUCCCCCAUCCGAGUCCUUUCACUCCAUCCUAAUCAGUCUCCAUCGGACACGCCUCAAACCGCUCACUUACCAUGACGACAGGGGACCCGGACCCAGGGAAGAGGAGCCCGCGGAGAGACACUAAAGCAAGAAUCGGAACUCUGAAAAAACACAGCCGGACGGACGUUGGGAUCGAGGCGCUGAGCUGUCCAUCCCCUUUUCCUUCCACUUGUGAAUGCAAGGGGUCUGCGGCCCCUCCUCCCCCCCAGCGCGAGACAGCAGCACGUCAAAGGCCAGCAGGCUGCGCUUCAGGGCCUGGGGGGGAGCAGGGAGCAAGAUCAGAGGUCGGGGGGGCAGGCCGUCGCUGGGGCCCUCUUCCCUUCCCUGGUCCUUUCUUUCUUCCGCAGACAAAGGGCCCGGACAGCCUAGGCCGUGUGACUGAAGGGACAGCAGGGCCAGGAUGUUUCCAGAGUAGGAACAUGUGCAAGGGGCAAGCGCGUGGUGGUGGUGGGGUUUACAGGUCUUGUGGAGAAUAGGAACAGGAGCUGUUUUAUACUUUCCCCUCCUAGGCAGAGCAGAAGCUGCUGGGGCGAUUCCCUUGGCCGGUCGGAGAGGGGGGAGAGGCACGCAUGCCUUCAGAACACAGCGCCCUGUCUCCGGCGGACCGUCUGGGUCGCCCGAUGGCUCUGAAGGGAUGGCGCCAAGAAGGCCAGAUUCCAGAGGAUCGCAAGGAGGAAGCUGAGAGGACUGGCGCAAAAGCCUCCCAUUCGCAUUUCCAGCA